AUGUCACGUCAGCCUCCAACACGCGCCACCCGGCGUCAACCAAUGGGAGCUCGGAGAAGCCGGCCCCUGCCAUGACAACGCUUCCAUCACUUCCGGGCUGAGAGCGACGGCCGGCGCGAGUCAGCGAUAGCAAUAGACAUCGACCCAGAAAAAUAACACUCAUCGCUCUGUAUUUGCCGCGUCUAGCUCUUCUAUAAUACAUUUUGGCCAUUUUAAAUGGGAUGCUGCGAGUCUGACUGAAUCAGCGGCGGCGGCUUGGAAGAAUAAGGGAAAGCUCAUCCUUAUUGCCAGGAGACUUUGCACCCUGUCAGAGUGGGAAAAGGAAAUGGAACAGGAAGUUGCCCACUUAGCCAGCAGGUUUGACAGUAGGCAGUAGACAGGCCAACAAGUACCAUCUAUAACUUAAAGCACUUCAAGAACGCAGAAGAACUCAGUAAGACCUUCAGAAGAAGAGGAAUACUAUCGCAUACUUGGAGGAAAGUAAAGAACAAAACAAAGAUGAAGUUGAAGGAGGACAUGUCUCCUCUCCUGCUGCAGGUCUUUCGAUCCGUUGUCUGGGUUUAUUCCGUCAUCACUUUCCUGCCCUGGUACCUGCUCUCUGGAGCCAGUGGGAGCCAGGCCCGUGCUAAACGAGUCAAAGCGCGCUCAGUAAGCGGGAAUCCGGCAGGGCCAUACCGGGCCGUGAGCAACCAGCAGAAGCUGGUGUCCCAGCUACAUGAGGGUGUGGAUACUUUGGAUAAAGUGUUUGAAUACGCUGUAGUACAUUUCCCUCAAAGAGACUGCCUCGGCACGAGGGAGGUGCUGAGCGAGGAGGAUGAGAUACAGCCUAACGGCAAGAUCUUCAAGAAGGUGAUUUUGGGCGAUUAUAACUGGUUGUCGUAUGAAGACACUUUCCAUCUGUCUCAGAGGUUUGGUAGUGGGCUGGCUGCACUGGGUCAGAAGCCUCUUUGUAACAUCGCCGUUUUCUGUGAGACUCGUGCAGAAUGGAUCAUAGCGGCGCAGGCUUGCUUCAUGUACAACUUCCCCUUGGUGACUCUGUACUCUACACUGGGAGGAGCAGCUAUAGCUCAUGGUCUAAAUGAGACUGAGAUCACGCACAUCAUCACCAGCAAAGACCUGCUGCAGAGCCGCCUCAAGGCCAUUCUGAUGGAUGUUCCCAGACUGAAGCACAUUAUAGUGGUUGAUAAGAAGCGCACCAGCUGGCCUGAUCUCCCCAGAGGCAUCAUGGUCCACAACAUGGCUGUUGUGCAGGAACUAGGGUCCAAGCCUGAAAAUAUAAUGGUGUCCCGCAGGCAGCCUGUCCCGUCUGAUAUCGCAGUGAUCAUGUACACCAGCGGUUCUACAGGCAUUCCUAAAGGAGUCAUGAUCUCCCAUAGCAACAUCAUCGCUGGCAUCACCGGCAUGGCUGAACGCAUUCCUAACCUGAAUGAGAAUGACACCUACAUUGGCUACCUGCCACUUGCUCAUGUCCUGGAGCUCAGCGCUGAGCUGGUGUGUGUGUCACAUGGCUGCCGGAUUGGAUAUUCGUCACCUCAGACUCUUGCUGACCAGUCAUCUAAAAUCAAAAAGGGCAGUAAAGGAGACACCAGUGUGCUCAGACCAACACUGAUGGCAGCCGUACCUGAGAUUAUGGACCGUAUCUAUAAGAAUGUGAUGACUAAAGUUGAAGAGAUGAGCAGUGUGCAGAAAACUCUCUUUGUUCUGGCAUACAACUACAAGAUGGAGCAGAUCUCCAAAGGAUACAGCACGCCACUCUGUGACAGGCUUGUGUUCAGGAAGGUUCGCUCGUUGCUGGGUGGUAACAUGCGUGUGCUGUUGUCUGGUGGAGCUCCUUUAUCUGCAGUUACUCAGCGUUUUAUGAACAUCUGCUUCUGCUGUCCUGUGGGACAGGGCUACGGCCUCACCGAGACCUGCGGAGCCGGGACCAUCAGCGAGUUGUCUGAUUACAGCACUGGACGUGUUGGAGCUCCUCUGGUGUGUUCAGAGAUCAUGCUGAAGGACUGGGAGGAAGGUGGUUAUUUCAGCACCGAUAAACCAAACCCACGAGGAGAGAUUCUGAUUGGUGGUCCCAAUGUCACCAUAGGUUACUAUAAAAACGAGCAGAAGAACCGAGAGGACUUCUUUGUGGAUGCGAACGGCCAACGCUGGUUCUGCACUGGAGACAUUGGGGAAUUUCACCAUGAUGGCUGCCUCAAGAUUAUCGAUCGUAAGAAGGACCUGGUGAAGUUGCAAGCUGGUGAAUAUGUGUCUUUGGGCAAAGUGGAGGCUGUGCUCAAAAACUGCCCACUCAUUGACAACAUCUGCGCUUAUGCCAACAGUGAUGAGUCUUAUGUGAUUGGGUUUGUGGUGCCCAAUCAGAAGCAGUUAACCGCCCUUGCUGAGCAGAAGAGCAUUAGAGGAUCAUGGGAAGAGCUCUGCAACCAUGCAGAGAUGGAGAAAGAGGUUCUACGUAUCAUCACGGAUGCGGCUGUAACAGGUAAACUGGAGCGAUUUGAGAUCCCAAAGAAAAUCCGUCUGAGCGCAGAACCCUGGACGCCCGAGACGGGCCUGGUUACCGACGCCUUCAAACUCAAGCGCAAGGAACUAAAAACGCACUAUCAGGACGAUAUCGAGAGGAUGUACGGCGGCAAGUGAAUGAAGCCAGGCAGUGUGAUGUGAUAGGGAGGGAGGGAGGGAGGGUUUAGGACACACCAUAUACCACAAUGCCUAUAUACAAAAAAAAACAACCCACAGUCCUCUGCCUUCCUGCUCCCUGUGAUGCUCUGCGAUCAAAACAGGAACACACUUGAAUUUGCAUUCAGUGACAGUUUGACGAGAGGGAACGGAGCGACAGCAAACGCACCUGCUACAGCAGGUACUAAAUAAUGCACUUUUCUCAGAUGAUGACUUUUGAAAGACACACGACACAACAUACAGACUGUGAGCAUUUUUGACCCCACCCAGUCCUUUUGCUUCUCUCUCAUUGGCUCUUAUUGAUAGACAUCCCCCCUCACCCCACCCUCACAUUGUUCUGCAGGCAGAUGUGCUUGAUGAUUCCACCCUACUGCGAAGCGGUCACACUGAAUUCUCAUCAAGAGUCUAUGCAGGGAAACGUUUUGUAAUUUGGCUGUAUUUUUUUGUUGCUUAUUUCCUUUUUAACUUUUUUUUUCAAAGACUUGUUUUGGUCUGAAACAGCUGCAAGAUUUGGAUAUGUAUGGAAUGCUUCUCUAACUGUAUCUGUUACAAUGUUACUUUUUCUGGAACUUUGGUGUGUUUACUUGACAUUUUGUUACUUUGAACUUUGGCUUCUGUUGUUUACCUGUAUCCAAAGGCUGUUACUGUUGCCCUGUGUGAAAUGAACGAUGUGUUUCUGGUGCUAGUGCACACUGAGGACUGUGUACCUAGAAAGAAACCAGAAAGACCAACCUUACAAUCCAGACCAGGAGAGACCAGUAUUAAACCAGAUAUCUGUUCUAAUGUAACAAAAGCAGUUGUAAUUACAGAGAGCAGUCUUUAGCCAGAGACAUGCUCUAAUACUACAAAAAGCUUGUACUGAUGCAGCAGAGAGGUUUUUUAGUCAGGGCAACUUUAACAAUAAUCCAAUUUCAGAGACAUGCUCCAAAUUUUGUGCAUUUCUAUGUCAGUAAGUUGGCGUCUGGUCUGCAUCUGAAAGAUUCUCCCACGUUCCAUUACUCACGUCUACAGGGUUUGCCUAAGAAUCACAUGGGAUGUAUGACUCCAUAUUUACAGCGUAUAUUUCUUUGAACUGUUUUUUUGUUUUUUUGUCUGAAUUUGUAAAGCCUUUAAACUUAUUCCUUUCUAAAUAUGUCAUGUGAUCAUAUGAUGUCAGCCGUUGUGUUGCAUGGAUGUUUUGCAAGGGAACCAAGUGUUGGCGGGGAGUAGUUCGGGUACAUUUGUUUCUUAAAUGGCCAUUUUUUAUUAUAUUGUGAUAUUGUCAUUGUAGGAAAUGAUUAGUGACUUCAACAAAGAGGAAAAGUAUGAAUUUGAAUGUGCAAUAGACAUCAAAUGAUAUGCACAGUCUAGCCCCAAGAGCAUGAAUGUCUCCAGCCUCUUCGAUGUAACGGAAGAGACACAUUUAUUCUGCUUCUGACUGUGCAGAUCACUUACAUCAUUCGACAACUAAUGCAUUAUGACUCACAUUUGACUUUGCAUGAUUCAGGAGAUGUAAACCAAACAAAUAAGCAUUGAAUAAGAACAUAUUGUAUUGCGGACAUUGAUAAAUGUGGCAUUUGCAAAAAUGGGGCAAAUGUUUCUUAAUCUGUACAUUUAUUCAUUAUUUAUGUGAAAAAUGUUGAUUUUCAGCACUUAACAUUUUCAGGACGAAAAGUUAAGAGCAUUUGUUUUUUUAUGUUUUCUUGAUUUCUUUACACAGUUUUGAUUCAUCUUUGGUUGUAGAAACACUCCAGCUUUGCCGUCAGAACAUCAUGCUCUUUACCGAAGUACUUUGUUUUUGUUUUAUUAUAAUUUUUGUUUGUCCUAAAAGGAACUGAAGACGAAUGGUGUUCCUAAACUAGACGUGUCUGCCUUUCCUGUGCUCGAUGGAGGAUGUUGAUUGCCUUUUUUACACAGUGGAAAUUAAAAGUGGUUUAUAGGAAUUUA